AUGUUGCCAGGCCUCCGGACACCGGGAGCUGCUGAGCGGCCCAGUGCCCCAGCGCCGCUGCACCGCGCCGCGGCCAAAACCGUGACUGCGGCUAGGGACCUGGCAUGCGUGUUGUUCUUCCUGGUCCACGCGGCCUUCUUCGGAUACCUCGCGGCGGAAGGUGUCGGAGGAGGUCGGCUUGGCCAGCUGCAGAAGCUCUACUUGCCGAGGGACUUCCGCGGCACCUUCUGCGGCAUCGAUGCAGGACAGGCGGACAUGACAUCUUAUCCGACACUUGCUUUAGCGAUCAAUGCGCGGGAGAUCUAUGACAAGCUCGCCCUGGAGGCCUUGUGCUCGCAGCCGGUGGUGGGGAUGCUCAGUGCUGAGGAGGCGGCGUCUUGCACAGGCUCCAGCGGCGCGACAGACACCUUGGCAAACUUGCAGCAGAGCGUUGCGGAUCCCUCCAAGGCGCUGGAGCUUUUGGGCGGCUCGUUGCUUUCGCCCGGCGCGGUGCUUGCUGCAGCUUCUACUUAUUUGACCCCAGUAUGCACCACAUCCUGCAACCUCACAGCGAACCGCACCUUCAGCUAUUCCCCGCCGCCCAGCGUGCCGUGGGCCUCGGCGUGGCAGCGGCUGUCGACACAUUUGCCCAGGAUUGAGCUCUCAGCAUGGAGCUCCACGGACUGCCCCUACGAAGGCCGCUACUGCGUACCUUUCCCGGGCAUCAGCCUAGCGCCGGGCCCGGACUUUCUUUGCCUGCCGCAGCUGGACCCUGCGCUGGCGCAGCAGCUGAGCCAAGCGGUGUCACAGGAGCUCGCGAGCCUGGCGUCCGCCAACGCCACCGCCUUUCUGCUGGCGGAUGUGAACGACGCCGCUGGAGCCGUUUUCACCAGCCUGGACGUCCUGGGGGUGGUUCUGUUCAUCUCCCUCGUCUACGGAGUUGUCUACAUGGCGCUGGUUCGGUUCUGCGCGAAGCCUCUAGUGUGGCUCUCCAUUCUCGUGCUCUUCUUGGUCUUUCUCUGCGCCGGAAGUCUGGCAAUCGUCCGUUCCAUGCAAUGCGCGCAGGGCGGGCUUCUUGGUGCCACGGAGCAGACCAUGGCCGCCCUGCAGAACAUUACAGGUGCUGACUUCACAGGCGCUUCUCCUGGCUGUGAGGAGAGCUGGGGGGCUAUGUGGUGCACAGCGAGGAGCUGCGGACGGCUCUUCGAAUCGCAGGCUACGUCUUGCUGGGCAUGGGCCUUCUGUGGCUCCUCCUCGUUGUGUGCCUCCGCAACCGAAUCCGGCUGGCCAUCGCGAUCAAUGAGGUGGCUGCCCAGUUCGUGGCGCACCACCCCUAUGCGAGAUCUUGGUGCCCUUUCUGCAGCUCGUGCUUCUUCUGGGCCUCUUUUGUGGCUGGGCCGUGCUUGCGGGCUUCAUCCUGUCCCGGGUGCCGGUUGGCCAUGUUCCCAGCCAGGCCUUUACCGAAGCCGCUGCGGCUGGCAACGCCACCGCCCCCGGCGCCUGCAACGAUCGCUGGCCGCCAGGCUUCGCCUACGAAGAUGUGGCCAACUGUCAGCUGGACAAUGCCACAGGGCAGGAGCUGCAGGUCCCCGCUUUUGA